UACUUCUAUAUUCUGUGAUUGUGUUAAGCUGUCAAACUUAACGUCAACAUUUUUGACACAUUUCGUAAUUUGAAUAAUUUACCCCUUUGUAGUUAUUUCCAAAAGGGGUUGAAUAAUAUAUAUUAUUGUAAACUACACUUAAGAAACAAUUAAUAGCAAGAUGCUUAAUUUAAAUAUUUUAAGACAAUUUUCACGAUUAAGCUUAACAUCUGUGACCAAAAUUCCAGUAAAUACUAGGAAUAUUACUACAUCAGCAAUAGUACAGUUUAAGAUAACAGAACAAUUAUGGGCAGAACCUUUGAAGAAGAAGAAAAAGUUGGAUCCAGCUAUCGUCAAGGCUCGUGAGGAAAGGCGGCGUAAAAGACUAGAAAAACAAAUUCGAAGAUUAGAAAAAAAUGCCAGGCAAUUGAAACCUAUCGAGGAGAUAGAGCCUCCUUUGUAUCUCUUGGAUGAAAUGGGAAAACGAAAACGGCCAGUUGUAAAAUUAACAGAAGAAGAAAUAGAGUCACGUGCAUUACUUCUUAAAGAGUGGACUAGGUACAAGAAACAAGAAUAUAUAUCAAACGUCAAUCAGAUCGACAGAAUCAUGGCAGCGCAGCGUCGGGCAUUAGACAUGUUGUAUGAAGAGUCAGAAGAGUUGUAUAAUGAAGCUAUUAUGCCUGAUCUUCAACUCAUCCCAUACAGCAUCAGUGGGACGUAUGCUACUCCACCGAUAAAGAACUAUAACUCUCCUGAUGGUGAAUACAUCGACGUGUCUAAGAAAUGGGGAAACAAAUAACAGUGUAGAUAAUAACUUAUAAUUAGACUAAAGCUUGUUACUAGUUUAAUAAAUAUAUAAUUGUGA